AUAACUGACACGUGUUUACUUCCCAUGCUUGUUUGACCACGACGUACGUGUAGAAACACCAUUGCUUUCAUUAUAUACGUAUUGACAGUGGAGGUAAAAGCAACAUGCUUCUGUUUCUGGCGAUCCUAUUCUCUGUGCACUCAGUGGGAGCAGUGUGUCCAUUUGGAUUUGUCCGCAAUGCCAACUCCUGCUACGCUUUCAUUGCUGAAGAAAUGUCGUGGGACAAAGCUCAGGACUUCUGCCUCAACAAGUACGGAGCCCAUCUGGCCGAGGUAGAAACAGCUGAGGAGAACACGUUCCUCGUGGACUACCUAAAUAUCCAUACUCAUACAUUCUACGGCUACGACCUGUGGUUGGGAGGGACUGACAAUACAUUUGAUAAAACCUGGCGCUGGUCUGUGCUUUCCAACGCCAGUAUGACGUACACAGACUGGUCCCCAGGACAACCAGACGGUAGUUUCCAGGGAUUAGAGCGUUGCCUGGAACUGGAGUCCACGUAUAAAUUGAAAUGGAACGACGACGACUGCUACGAUCACGACAUGUUCAUCUGUGAACGACCAUUUAAUCCCCCGAUCCCUCCUUUUCCUGGUGUUGGACGCUAAACAGGUGAUCGAUCUGCCUCUCGAUGGGCGGCCAAGAAUUAAGCUCUUUAUACAUAACAUAGAAUAAAUGGUUCGAAAUUUA